UGUUAUGCGUAACACUCAGUAUCGCAGGACUAAUUUUAACAACAGGUAUGUUGAAAGCAAUGGAUGUUCCAAAAGUAUUCACAGAGUAUGCCGUAAGGGAAGAGGGGUGGGAGUUCAUCCCCAAUCCAGCACUAUAUGCUGAAGUCGCAACACCAAUCCAAAAAGUAAAUACAGAUGCAUUACUUAAAGAAUUGUGUUGGAGUUAUCUGGAUGACGUCAUACUAGAUAUUGGGUGCAACAACGGUGACGUCACUAACAUGUUGCUUUCUAAAAGUGAUCAAAUACAACACAUCACAGCAUGUGACAUCUUAGGUCCUUGUAUUGAGUAUGCUAAGAAGGAAAAUGAUAACCCUAAGGUAACAUAUUUAGAGAUGGAUGUAUCUAAAGAAUGGACAACAAGCUGGGAGAACAAGUAUGACAAGGUAUUCUCAAAUGAAUGUUUGAACAUGAUACUGGACCAAGAGACUGUGCUAAAGCAGGUGUUCAAGAGCCUUAAACCAGGAGGUGAAUUUGGAGCUUCAUACUUUUUACAAGUGGAGGGUCUGCAAACUGCAAUUCUUACUCUGAUGGGGAAAGACAAAUGGAGAAAAUAUUUUCAAGGUGCAACUAAGGAUCUGAGGUCAUAGCCAGCGCAAAUGAAAAUAUCAAGAAAAUGAUUUGGUGUGACAAGAAACUUUUUUCGAAGCGUCUUGAAGAAAUAGGAUUUCAAGUAAAAAUGUGUAAAAUUGUUCAGUCCUGGUAUUUUCCAAAUGAUCUUUAUUAUUUUCUGAAAAAUAUUUUUAAAUUAUUUAUGCAAUUUCAGAAUCAGAUUCCUUCCAAUUUACAAGAUGAAUUUAUCAAGGAAAUGGUUCCCAUUGUUGAAGAAAUGGAGAACAAAAAGUUUCUUUCUCUUUUUUUUCAGA